AGCCGAGCGAUCAGAGGGAAUGAGCGGGCGAGCAGUCUCGUUUGUCUCGUCAGAGCUGUCGUACGACUACUCGUACUCGGUGGUGUAUGUGGACGAGGUCGACAUUGCCAUGUCCGCCCUCUCGGACGAGUCGGACGAGGGCUGUCGGGGGCGUACCGGCGGGACACGGUCAGGCAGCGCCGCCUCGCCUCUGCGCUUGCCAGGCCGCAAGGCGUCACAAAGCGAGUCUUCAUAUGGAAGGAGGGCCUCGCCGCUACAGCCGCCGCCUGGCUCGCCUGGCUUGCAGCAUGUUGGCGGACAGGCGGCCGGCGUGCCGCCCGGGCGCGGCGAGCGGCGGACAAAGCGGACGCGCGCCAAAAGCCCGCUGCCAUCGACGCCAGCUGCUGGCGAGCGAUUCAACACAAAGCUGGUGCGGGCGUUGGCAAGGAGCGGAGAUGCGGCAGCUGGAAAUGGCGAAGACGCAGAGACGGGCGAGGCAGCCGGUGAUGACGCUGAUGUCGACGAGGCGCGCUUGCCCGGGCUCCGCAAGACGGCGCUGCUGCUGCUGGUGGCAUGGGCCGUCUCGCUCAUCAUGCUUUGGAUCCUGGUGGUGGCGCUGUUUGAUAGCUUCCUCUGGUCAAUGGUAAGCCUGCUUGUGGGUGCGGCUCAUGCUCUGCUCAUUGCCGCGGUGGUGGCCAGUUUUGCGUCCGGACGAGAGGUGCUGGCCCAGCUUGCUCUGGUCUCGUUCCCGGGCAUGGCGGUGCUUCGCAUCGGCGCUGCACUCUUUCUCUGCAUCACCGUCAACGUUCGCAUCGAUGCCUAUUGCCGCCACGAGGGCACGCUCCUCUGCGGACCGAGCUCUCUCGGCGAGCCGCACACGCCAUCGCGACACGAGCUGCGACUCGGCUUUGUCGGCGCCACCUUUGGCAUUGCCGCACUGGAGCUGCUUAUCCUGGCAGUUUUGAGCAAGGCUGUGCUCAACUUUUUUGUCGCUGCAGGCCUGGCGACGCAGCAGCUUCCGCUCCGCCCGGUCUGGCGGAGCCUAGCCCGGAUCGCCGAGCUUGUGGCGGCUUGCCUCGGCGGCGGCCGCAGUCACGCAGGCGAGGCCUGCAUCUCGCUCACCUGGAUGUGCUGCUGCUUUUUCUUUGGCGCCGCCGCACUCGCAGCUGCUGUGCUCUCCUCCCUUGUCGCCGAUGCCUUUGGUAUGGUCGUGUACGCCGGUGUUGACUCACUGUGAGUCUGGUGUCGCCAAUUGCAGCGCCGUUGCAGCUACUGCAACAUAAAACCAGCAUGCCCCA